AUGAUUGCUCGACAUCGGCCACGCUGCCCAAUUUUGGCAGUGACACGCAGCGGUGUAAUUGCGCGGCAACUCUAUCUCUGGCGUGGCUGCUGGCCUAUACUCUACGAAGAGCCCAAAGCCGACUUAUGGUCUGAUGAUGUAAAUCGUCGCAUAGCCUGUGCCAUUGAGAACGGACGCCGAAAAGGGCUUUUCGUGGACAGAGAUCGAAUUGUGGUGGUUGCCGGGUGGAAAGGCGAACCCGGGUCGACUAAUACCAUCCGCAUAAUUCAACUUGGUUCACUCGUUGAGCACAAUAUUCUUGGGAUACCCGACAUUAAGAAUUACAAGGACUAA